AUGUCGUCUACCGAAGAAACUUCCCAACUUAAAGCGGGACACCCUCCGGCAGUUAAAGCUGGUGGUAUGAGAAUCACACAACACAAGACUCCCUAUCCUAAGGACUACAAGGAGCCUGGGAUUGAGGAUCUAACUGGGUUAUCAGGACCAUCACCAGUUCCAUCUAACCCUGUCUCUAUCUCUGGAGCACCUAACAGAGGCAAUGCUGAUUUCACUCCGGAAGCGGCACAAGUUGCCCAUAGUCCAAAGCCCCCAGCACAUAUCAAUAUAAAGCCUACCACACACAUUCAGCAGCCUCGGAAGUAG